AGUCUGCUGCCGGGAGCACAGAGCCGGAGAGGUCCCGGUCCCGGUCCCGGUCCCGGCGGGCAGGCGGCAGCGGCGGGCCUGGGCAGGAUGGUUUCCAUCGUUCUCGAGGUGACGUGCAGCCUUGUUGUCUGGCUGUUUCUGUACAUCUGCUUUUGCUACUGGAACAAGCACCGUUCCCACGAGUGGAGCUGUCGCUUGGUCACCCUGCUGCACGGGGUGAUUGUCACCUGCCUCUCUGGUUAUGUUGCUCUCUUGGAUGGCCCCUGGCCUCUGACCCACACAGGUUCACCAAACACAUCUCUUCAGAUCCACGUGCUGUCCUUGAGCUUGGGUUACUUUAUCUUUGACCUUGGCUGGUGCCUCUAUUUCCAGACGGAGGGGGAUCUAAUGCUGUUCCAUCACACGCUGAGCAUCUGUGGCAUGAUCAUGGUGCUGGGCCUUGGGAAGUCUGCUACGGAAGUCAAUGCUGUCGUAUUUGUUAGCGAGAUUACCAACCCACUGCUCCAGAUCCGCUGGUUUCUGCGGGAGAUGGGGUGUUACCACACUUUCCUGGGAGAGGUGGUGGAUUUCUUCUUUGUGUUCCUCUUCCUGGUGCUGCGAAUAGGGGGAGGAGCUCUGAUCAUGUACAUGAUGGUGACAUCCCCUGAUCCCAGCUGGCUUCUCAAAGCUGGAGGCCUGGCCAUGUACCUUGUAUCUUUGGCGUUCAUGGUUGAAAUCUGCCGCUUUGUCAGGAGGAAAAUGUUGAAAAAAUAUCAAUCCUGGACAAGCCUGAGGACUGUGAAUGCACCUGUGAAAACUAACGGGCACUUGACAGCUCACUAAUGGGUUGUGGAUGACAAUCCCUCGGGCUAGGGUCCCUGCUACUGAAGCCUAUUCCUGUGAAAGGAACUCCUAAAAGUGAUGUGGAAUUGACUUUCUGACCCUGGCAGUGGUCCCUACCCCUGGAGAAGAUGAAUCUGUGCUAGGAAUGUGGGAAAGCUGGCAGAAGAGAGGUUUGAGUGGAAAUCUACAAAAUCUGGCACGUCUACUGAACUCUGAUUCCCUGAAUUCUUCAGCAAUGGUACAGUCUCAAGGAGGGUGGCAAUGCCAGACCUAUUCAGUCUGCAACGAAUAAUUGCACAGCCUCUGUGGUCUGUAAUCAUUUUGGAGGUAGAAUUAUUUUACAGUGUAGAGCCAGAAAUCAAAUAUGAAAAAUCCCAUCUUCCUGCCAGUGGGACUGAGUAGGGGUGUGACCUAGCAAAGAUUUACUGAGCCUCACUUUACCUUAAUCCUGGAGUUAGACAACGUGCUUGACUAAGUACUUAAAUAGAAGCCUCUGAACAAGAUUCAUGUGCUUGCAGUGGUAUAGUAGACUUGUCCUUUGAGUGUGUGAAGUGAUGGUACUUGAGGUGAGGCAAUGUUUUACCUCAUUGUUUUUAAUGAUACAUUUCUCUCUCUUUUUUUUUUUUUUUUGUGUACUUGCAUUCAAGCAGAUACUGAUCUUAGAGCAGUGUGACUUUACUGGGAUUGACUCAGACCCUUGCAAACAAGAGUCAAGAAUUAGACUUGUGCCAAUAACCUCCAUAAGCAGGCGUUCACCUAGCCUUGGAUUGCUUUAAAAAAAAAUCAGGCAUUUUGUGAGAGAUGGUAGAGAAGAGCCCUCACUGGAUGUUCUUUCUGAUCUGGGGUUGGCUCAUUUACAAGCCACUUAGGCUGAAUGCAUGGCCAACAAGUCUAAUAAGUGACUACAUUUUCAUGGGUGACAGCAAUGUUUAGGCAGAUCCCGGUGUAACAUCUGAUCCAUACCAGCAGGUCUCAGAGUAUGGACCAGUUCUCUUGUUUUCUUUACCUCUCAGAAUUGUGUUCUGAUAUUUCCCCUGGAGUUUUAAUGUGAAUUUCCCUCUGUUGAAGGUUGCAGUUGAGAUUUACUCUCCCAUAAAAGCCUCGCUUAUAGCUGAGAGACAAAUGGCCUUGUGUUGCCCUCAGGCUUAGCAAGGCUGGCUGCCUUUCCCUCCUGCUUUCAAAGACCUUGUUUAGAAGAGCUUCUUCAUGGAGCUAAAGAGCCCCUGAAACAGCCUGUGUGGCUCUUGCUCAAGUGAGGUGUCACCCUUGAUGUAGGGGUGAAGGAGGGGAGCAGUGGGAAUAGAGCUGCUGAGGUUUUGCAGCCUUACUAGCUCUUCCAUGCCUCUUAUCUCACUGACUCUGGCACUGUUCAGGGCAGAUAUCUGCCUUGGCUGGGGAUUAAAAUAAGGUGUCCGGAGAGAUUAAAAAAUGACAUGAAGUAACCUAAGUUUUGACAUGCCCUCUAAAUGCAUUGCAGGCAAAUUAGCUGGCUAAUAUGUUUAGAAAAACAGGAGCCUUGUACUCCUGAUAGGUUGCCAGCAUGGCUCUGGUGGCCUGGCCUUGUGAGGUAUGAACUCUUACUAGAGUCGCUGUGCUCUUCUGAAAACUCCUCUGAGUGAUGAGACUUCUAAUAAAGUUAUGUUCUCUUUUUAAAAAAGAAA